AUGAUGCGAAAUGAUUUUGUUAAUCAAACAUAGAAUUAUUUUGCACCAGUAAUAUUCGUAUGAAAAUUAUUUUUUUCAAACAGUACUGCUAGUUAACGUUAUCUUGCAAUAAACAAAGAGAUACAAAUGAAUGUCACACAAUUCUUUUGUUGAUAAUUAAAUGACAUAUAAUGUCGCUAUUUCAAGCGUUGUUUGCAGCAGUAUUGAUUCAAUUACAGAUACAUUACACUUUAUCGGGGCCUCUAUCGGACGAUGUUAAACUUGCAGAUUUAUCAAAUCAGUUUUCAUUUGUUCUGGAAAAACAGUUGCAGAAUAUUGAUAAGACAGGACAAACUCUUGAGACCCUAGUAGAAGAAUAUAAGAAAUCUCUGGAGUUGGAAUUGCAACAACUGCGUCAAUAUAUUGAAGAAACCACUAUUCAAGCCGUACAAGAAAAUAAAGAUAUUUCGAAUUGUCUUAAUGAAAGAUUAGGUACUAUCUCUUUCAAGCAAAUUGAUCUGUGUGAUCAGAGAAAUUUGAUAGAAUAUUGUAGAAAUGUCUUGAUAUACUUAACGAAAGAAUAUUAUACAAUAUUAUCGGAUAUUAAUCAAUGUAAUUCUAGUGUAACUGUCGAUAGUUGUAGAUAUACCAAAAUUUGUAAAUUGAGAAAUGCGAUAAAAAAUGCAGAUAUUCUUAUAACAAGUUUAUUGAACAUCGCACAUGAUUCAGCAUUUCAAUGUACGAAAAUAAGUGUUAUGAAAAUUGAUUACAAUAUAACUUCACUAGCGAAGAGUUUUACCACUUGCUCUGAUGUUAUAAUGGAAUUUGUAUAAUUUCAGGGAAUACCUUAUUAAUAAAUCAAUAAUUUUGUUCAUCUCAUUUUAUUUUAACAAUAAGAAAGAAUUGGUGCUGGAAAUACAAAAGCUAAUACCAAAGGUUUUUUUGUAAUGAUAUUGAAAAUGCCAUAAUUUCAAUUCUGAACUGAAUUCUGAUCUGAACAAAUAAUAAUUUACGUAGAUAUAUGAAUUCAGAAAAAAUUGGUGCUGGUCGUGCCUUUUGUUUGAAACUAGGUACGGAUGUAUCAAUUUUUGCGUAUAAAAGUCCUCCAUACUUGCUACAUACCACUUCAAAGUAACAGUUAACUUGCGACCAUCAUAACAUAGCAUGUAUAUGGGUCUUUGAUGUUUGCGUUAUGGGUUUCCGCUAUUCUAGUAUCGACAAUUUCUGUUAAUGUUGAAGUGGGCCUCAUCAGAGAAUAACCCGGUGUUAAACGAAGUGAAGCGUGUCUCCAUUUCACAUGACAUUUAGUAUACUGGUAGCGUCAAUAACUUUUAGCUUCUGUACUAUUUGAAUUUUUUAUGAAUGACAAUUCUUAUCUUCCUGUAAAAUAGGCUGUUACGAUCUGGGUAGAGCACUUAUGGAUAGACUGGAUGGUAGUUUCACGAAUUGAAUCCUCUACCAUAUCAAUGUUUUCUUCCAACGUAAAACCAGUUUCCUCCAGCUUGUGAACCCAGGUCUAAACGGUUUCAAUUCAAUAACAGUCAAUAAACCGGCGCAAAUUGCUAUGUUCUUGAAAUUUACGACGCGCUCCUUUGGCCGAAUUAUUGUGGUAAAAGUAACGUACACAAAAAGUGAAGCUCGCUUUCUCUAAACCCUCUAUGUCGUUUGAAUUCUGAAAGACUUUUGUGGCUCUCUUCUUAUCGUGCGCGCGAUUUCUGCACGCCGUCUGCAUUUUAUACAAAACUUAAAUUUAAAAUGAGGGGCGAGACUCUUUAAUAUGUUACAUAAUAUUGGAAAUAAUAUCAAAACACUCACCUUGCUAAAUUAAUAUUUUUUAAGCAAACACAAAUUUCUAUUUUGUGAAAGAUCAGCGAGUCAACCUCUCUCCCGAGUGUGUGCCUCCUCCUGAGCCAAGAUGACUUAACGUGACUAAGGUGGCGCGUCAAAUGAAAAGCAAAUAAUUUAGGAGUAAUCUAAGGUAGGCCUAGUGCGAUGGACGUACUUAUUUUCAAUCAUUCAAAUUAUUUAUUUACCGUUAAAUAUGUUAUAUUUUCUUUGAUGACGAUUUGUUUCAUUACCUCUCCCAAAAUCGUAAAGGCAAUCAUAGUUAAAAAAUACAAUGAUAUACUAGUGUUACAUAAAGUAACUAAUAUACCUAAUGGUAAUUAUAACAGUUGAAAGCUACCAAAAGAGCAGACAAAUUUUUUUUGAGAAGAAUUAUUUUCUCUAAUCAAUAAUCAAAAAUUUACUUGCUCCAAAUAUUUUUAUUGAUUAUCGUUAUGUAGAACAGGGACUUGAAGAAUUGAAAAUUCUGACUCUUCCUUACUUAUUUAUCUUUGAAUCCGUUUGCCUAAUUCGUAAGCACGUUUCUCCAAUUUUAGAAAGAUCUUUGCACGACUAUCCACUUAGGAACGCGGAGCACGACCUUUAUCUACCUAUUCCAAGUUCAGAAUUAGCUAAGGGCUCAAUAUUUUACAAUGCAAAAAUAUGCACAAUCAUUUGCCUAUUGAAAUCAAAUCGAUAUCACCUUUUCACGCAUUUUGCAAUAAUUUGAGGGUUUAUUUACUGGAAAGUGCCUUCUACUCAGUAAACGACUUCUAUUUUAAUAAUCAUAUUUAAUUCCGGGCAUGCUGGAUACUGGUUUAAAUUUUGCUAUAGACUUAUAUACUAAUUAUUACCUAUAAUUUUGUUACUCAUUCUGAUUUUCUUUUGUAUAUUGCAAUUUUAUUUUAUUUGUAUCUUUAAUCAGUUAUUUUUGUUUGAAUUUUUUGACAAUAAAGCAUUUCUCUUUCUAUAAAAUUUAGUACCGAAUAAUCUAUAUAAAUAAUUAUUCGUAUUGUAAGUACAAUGCAUAACGAAUCCAAGUACCGUAUCAAAUCUUUCGAAUUCAAAAUUCGUAUCAAUGACUCUAUCACUGCAAAUACUUUCUGUAAUUUCAUAGUUAUUAAAUAUAUUUAAACAUGU